AUAUCAUCAAAUUGAAAAAUAUUUUUAAAAUACCAACUUUAACUAAGAACUAUGAUUAUUUAAAAAUACUAAGAUUUUUUCAAACAUAAUCUAUUGAAGUAGCAUUUUUAAUUUCUAUUAUAAAUUUUUAUCAUCUAUCACUAAUUUAUUUAUAUUACACUUUACGGACAAAAUGAACAGCAAAGUAGUCAAUGAAAGUAGCCUGUUUUACAUGGAUUUUUGUCCUAACUGUUCGAAUUUACUUUAUAUGGAUGAGCAUAUGGGGGAAAUGAGACAUAAAUGUCAAGUGUGCCCUUAUUUCUCUCCUAUUAAAAAUGUAAUUUUAGCGUCACGUUCAUUCUACAAACUAAAGGAAAUAGAUUCUGUUUUGGGCGGUAAAGCUGCUUGGGAAAAUGUUGAUUCAAUUGAUGUUGUUUGUACUUCAUGUAACCAUGGACGAGCUUAUUUCUUACAAGUUCAAACAAGAUCUGCUGAUGAACCUAUGACGGUAUUUUAUAAGUGUUGCAAUUGCGGAAAUAGAUGGCGAGAGUAACAUCUAUACAUUUUUUGUAAUAACUCUUCAAAUAAUUGAUCAAUCUUAUGUAUAUAUACAUUAUAAAUAAAUAUACACAAUAUUUAAUAA